CCCGCGCGCUGCGUGAUUUCUCGUGCGAAUGGAAGUUUGGACUUAUUGGACCGUGGUUUCAAAUUCUAGCAUACAUUCUGUAGAUUUGUACUCACGAGAAGCCAUGCAUGGUUAGCUGACUAUGUUGGGCCGUUGGGGCAUCUAGCGGUGGUGCCUUGACGCCUUGUAGCUUUGGCACUGCAGUGCAGAAUUGCAGCUCUGCAGUACUAAUAAUAAAUUACAUGUUCUACUGUGCUGUAAUUUUGAAAUCUCACAAGCGCUUAUUUUUUUGUUGCUGAUGUCAGGAAAGCGGUUCCUGUAUAUUUGUAAGAUAUGGAGUGUAUGCCAAAUGCCAAGUAUGGCAGCCUGUUUGAAACUGUAAUUUGUGCAGUAGGUGGCGUAGAAAAGCAGGUUGCUUGAUGUUGGUCAUCAAAUGUUUCAUGAUUGUUGUGGUUUCAUAAAGAAAAUGUGCUGUGUUCUAAUCUAAACCUCUACGUUUAGCCAAGAUAAAUGCAUAGUUGAAAACCACAAACUACACACUUGAAAUUUUAGGCAAAAAUGAACACAGCUGAAAACAUGAAAUUCCCCAACCAGGAAAAUACCACAAAAAAUAGGUGCAUGUGCAUUCUCUGAAUAUUGUAUUUUUUUCUUUCUGAGUUUCGAUUUGCAUGAAGAAUGGUUAAAGAAAGUAUACGAAGUUGCCCAAUGGUUCCACUGAAAUGUGGACUUAAUUAUUUUCAUAACUGGCAAGAAUAACCAGAUAGAUAAAUCCUUUUCCUCCAGUAUAUACGAAGGAGACAUAUUUUAAGUACAUUUCAUUUAUCAUAGUUCUGACUUCCCCAGCCACCUCUACAUAACUUCAUUGGGCAGGAAAAUGUGCUCUGGCUCAAAGAUGAAAGAGAUGAUUGGGAGUGGAAUAUUUGCUGCGUCCGGUGAAACUGAUAAUUCUGAUGCUAGUUCUGGUGCAACAAAUCCUCCUAACAAAACUACUUUGAGGAUGUAUCAGCAGACUGUCACUGGCAUGAGUCAGAUAACAUUUAGCGCAGAGGGAAGUGUGUCCCCCAAGAAGCUAUCCUCAUUGCCUGAGGUGGCGAAGCAACGAGAGCUUAGUGGCACGCUGGAGAGUGAAGCUGAUUCUAAAACGGCGAAGCAGAUCUCAGAAUCAAAGAGCAAGGAGCUGAGUGGGAGUGAUAUAUUUGGACCACCCCCUGAGGUUCCUGCUAGGCCCUUGGCUGCUCGCAAUCUGGAACUGCGAGGAAACUUGGAUUUUGCACUACCUCAGCCAAGAAGCAUUCACACGUCAGUUAAAGUAUCCAAUCCUGCUGGAGGUCGGAGCAACAUCGUUUUCGGUGAGGAACCAGUGGUCAAGACAGCAAAAAAGAUUCACGAUCAGAAAUUCCACGAGCUGACUGGAAACAACAUCUUCAAAGAAGAUGCGCCCCCUGGUGCAGGAGAGAAGGCCCUGAGCACGGCGAAAUUGAGGGAAAUGAGUGGCAACAACAUCUUCGCCGAUGGAAAAGUGGCUUCCCGAGACUACUUUGGCGGCGUCCGGAAGCCUCCUGGUGGCGAGAGCAGCAUUGCGUUGGUCUAGGAUUUCAUCUCAUCAGUCUUAGCGCCUGGUGUGGCAACCUGAAAAUGCUACUGUUUUGGUAGCAUCUCAUAACCCUUGGCUUCAUUCUAGAUGAAGCAUAACUUUUAUUCUUAUGUAGCCCGUUUGCAUCUUCAACUUCUGAAUUGGUUAUGUUUAAUUAGAGGAUCGCUUCUGCUAAGCUGCA